AUGUUUGGCCGCGAUAUUUUCAAGGACCCUAUCGACACGAGGCCGCCGCCCUCAACGUUCGAGGUCCGAGAAGACCAUCCAGUAUCUAGGCUGGGAAUCAAGUCCCAGAUGCCACUUCAAACCAACAAAUUCUACGCCAAUUUCUUUCUAGGAGAUCAGCGAGGACCUACAUAUACAUUCCCAUACUCCAUAGCAUGGGCUGCUGGAAAAGGUGUAUCUGGUAGCUGGGGAAUGUCGUGCUCGCAUAUUGAGGCAAAGCAAAGAGUUUUCGGAAAGGAGAAACUGCACGGAGCUUCGGCGUACUUCAUCAACCCUGUUGGCAUUGAAUCGAUGGUUAUCUCUGCCAAGGAACUUGGUAAAAGUUCUACCCUAACAAUCGACAGUAUGACGGCCUUCUCAGCCAGAGUCCAUCUAAGUAAAGAUCAGGAGACACCACCCGCAAUAUCGUUCCCCCUAGUCCAAGGAAUGCCCUACAUUACUGCCGAAUUCAGUGAAACAAUACCACUGAUACAGUCUGGCGUCUUUUUCAAGACGGUGACUCGAGUUUCGAAAAACCCAAAGAAGAAUAUGGCGAAAUUCAACUUCAACCUAGAAGAUGGAUCAACUUGGAGGGUAUACGCUUGGAGAACCAAAGGAGAGGAUCUGGAUAUGCAGGUAGUCAAUAAUGGAACUGCGGAAGCCAAGAGUCCGUUCACUGGCGUGCUUCAGAUUUGCAAGGACCCUCUGACACCUGGAUCCGAAGAAGUCCUUGAUGAUGGCGCUGGGAUCUACCCCAGAACGCUGACUCUUUCUGGAUCAUCGUCUGGAAAUAAAGGGACAUAUAAAUUCGAGUACCAGAAGGAUGGCCACGAUACAGGGAGUCUCUACAUGUUCGCCCUUCCGCAUCAUAUAGAAUCCUUUCACGAGGAUACCAGGAAGAGAAUCCAGAGCACAAAGCUACAAUCUACCACGAAAGGAAUAGCGACCCUCGUGAAAGGAACACAGUGGACUAUGGUCGAGCCACAGAUGCCAGUUGAAAUGGAUUUUGCGCCCUGGCAUCCGGAGAAGGGAAGCAUCAAGACACUGUCGGAAGACGCAAAGAGUCUGAUUAAAGCUGCAGCAGCCUCCGAGCUGGGACAGAACAUGAUUGCACAGUCUAAUUUAGACUCCAUGUAUUUCAGUGGGAAGGCUCUUGCGAAGUUUGCGUUGAUUCUCUACGUGAUCAAUGAUAUGCUAGAGGACCAGGCACUUGUCAAGAAAGGUCUUGGGCAACUCAAAGCAGCCUUCGGUACCUUUGCCGCGAACAAACAAAAGUUUCCUCUGCUGUAUGAAAAGGCUUGGGGUGGGGUCGUUUCUUCUGCAACCUACGCCACUGGUGACACGGGCGUUGAUUUCGGCAACACCCUCUACAAUGACCAUCAUUUCCAUUACGGGUAUCAUAUUCUUGCAGGAGCAAUAAUUGCCCAUAUUGACCCGGAAUGGCUCCCUCAAAUAAAGGAGUAUGUUGAUGUUCUCGUCCGCGAUGUUGCGAAUCCAAGUUCCAAAGAUCAUCACUUUCCAAUGUGGAGAAGCUUCGACUGGUACCACGGCCAUAGCUGGGCGCAUGGGCUCUAUGCGGCCAUGGAUGGCAAGAAUCAAGAAUCCAGUUCCGAAGAUAUGAUGCACGCCUAUGCCCUCAAGAUGUGGGGGAAGGUAACCAAGAAUGCACAUCUGGAGGCAAGCCUCCGGCACUACUAUUUAUACCAGGCGAACAAUAAGGUGCAACCGCCUCAAUUCAUUGGGAACAAGGUAGCUGGGAUUCUGUUUGAAAACAAGGUUGACCACACGACUUUCUUCUCGCCUGAUAUCGAGUGUAUUCAGGGCAUUCAUAUGAUCCCCAUCCUUGCGCCGACACCAUUCAUACGGGGCCAGGACUUUGUUCAAGAGGAAUGGAACAUGUUUUUCAGCGACGGGCGGAUUGACGAAAUUCGCAACGCGUGGAAGGGGAUCAUAUAUGCCAGCUAUGCCACUGUUGACCCAAAGAAAGCUUGGGAAUUCUUCUCAUCAAAGGAGUUUGACCCGCACUGGAUCGAUGGAGGAGCAUCACUAACCUGGUUUCUGGCAUUCUCUGCAGCAUUGGGAGAGAUAUGA